AUGCCCUUCUCGGCCAUAUUAACCUCCUCCCCACACGUCUUUCUCCCGGCGGCGGCAGCCCGCCCCGUUGUCCGCCAGUCAAUCCGGUGCUCCUCCGCCUCUAUUUCGCCCAAGUUCGACCUCAAGACGUACUGGACGGCGCUGAUUAAGGAAAUCGAUCAGAAGCUCGACGAUGCGAUACCCGUGCAGUACCCGCACCAGAUCUACGAAGCCAUGCGCUACUCGGUACUGGCCAAGGGCGCCAAGAGAGCGCCGCCGGUGAUGUGCGUCGCCGCCUUUGAGCUCUUCGGCGGGGACCGGCUCGCCGCGUUCCCCACCGCCUGCGCUCUUGAAAUGGUUCACGCGGCAUCACUAAUCCACGACGACCUCCCGUGCAUGGACGACGACCCAUCUCGGCGGGGCCAGCCCUCGAACCACACCGUGUUCGGUGUCGACAUGGCCAUACUAGCCGGUGAUGCCCUUUUCCCACUCGGCUUCCGCCACAUCGUCACUCACACCCCGACCCGCCUCAUCCCCGAGCCCCGCCUCCUCCGCGUGGUGGCUGAGAUAGCCCGAGCCGUGGGGUCCACCGGCAUGGCUGCUGGCCAGUUCCUCGACCUCGAGGGCGGGCCCAACGGAGUCGACUUUGUCCAAGAGAAGAAGUUUGGCGAGAUGGCACAGUGCUCCGCCGUGUGUGGCGGCCUUCUCGCCGGAGCUUCGGAAGAUGAGCUCCGGCGAUUGAGGAGCUAUGGGCGGGCCGUGGGGGUUCUUUAUCAGGUGGUGGACGAUAUUCUAGAAGCUGAGUCGGGCGAGUCGACAAACGGGAGAAAAAAAGGAAAGAGCUACGUGUCGGUUUAUGGGGUGGAAAAGGCCAAGGAAGUGGCAGAGCAGCUCAGAUCGCAGGCGAAGAAAGAACUGGAUGGUUUAGUGAAGUUCGGAGAUAAACUUCUGCCGUUAUAUAGCUUCGUCGAUUAUGCAGCCGAUAGGGGUUUCAGCUUUGCACCUCCACUGACGACGACCGAAAUCCAGAAACUUCCUUCAAAUACUGACGGCCGACUAAACUCGGACCACUGCCCUGUAAACCUCCCAAACGAGCCCGCCGGGAGCAUCAGGAGAAACACAACCCCCAAACAAUUCGGCGGUUGUCCCAACCGCAUGGCCAAAACCGAGCCGGAGGAAACUGUCACACCAAACCAGGGGUAG